CAUGCCAGCACCUACAGUCGACCAUCGAGUGAAAACAAAAACAAAUAUUUUUCUGUGAACAUUUUCUUGCUAAGUCUGGAUUUCCUACUGAGGAAUUUGCACUAAAAUACGAUGAAUAUCUGUACAAAGGCUUUGAGUAGAUUUUGGUGGAGAAAUGGACCUAAAUUACUCAAGCGAGAACUUGAGAGAGAGCAGUUUGUCAGGCCGUUUUCACAAAGUGCGGUUAAGGAAGAAAAAGGGGAUAAGGAAAAACCCGGAUUUCCUCACAAGAUGAAAAUGCGUGGCUGGCAAAUACACUCCUAUGGAGAUCUGGAUGAAGUACAGUUCAGCGAUAAUAUUAGGAUUCCCCAGGUGAAGACAGGAAGUGAGGUAAUGGUGCGCAUCAAGGCAGCAUCUGUGAACCCUAUCGAUAUCGCUCUUAUAGGUGGAUACGGGGCUACUCUUCUGAACUUGAUGCGGAGGACUGACAUUGAGUUUCCUCUCACUCUGGGGAGGGACUUUGUUGGAGAGAUUGUCUAUCGAGGCUUAGGUGUUCCCAGAGAUCUUCGGAUUGGUGAUAUUGUGUGGGGUGUCAUUCCUCCCCAUAAGCAAGGAUGCCACUCUCAAUACGCAGUGAUUGAUUCGUCACUUAUAACGCACAAACCUCGCCUGCUUAGUGAUAUCGAGGCGUGUGGCAUUUUAUACAGCGGCUUGACAGCAUGGUCCGGGCUGUUUUUGUCCGGGGGCCUCGGUAAUCUGUGCGCCUCGUUGCAGCGGACGACUUCCUCCAAUCGGAAGCGCGUUCUAAUCUUGGGCGGCUCGGGCGGUGUGGGCACGAUGGCUGUGCAAAUAGCGAAAAGCGAGAAUGUCCAUGUUUUUGCCACUGGUGCACGAGACAGUGCCGACAUGCUAUCAACGCUUGGCGCUGAUUGCGUGCUGGACUACGGAGAUGUGGACUUUCUGCAGCACAUCCACAGCAACGGACCCUAUGACAUAAUUCUCGAUUGCGCCGGCAGUGGUCCAAACUUCGCCUCGAAGAUCCAGUGUGACUUUGGGAGUUACGUAACGUUCAGCUCGCCACUGCUCAGGAACAUAGAUUCACAUGGAUUGAUCAGUGGCAACGUCCGGAAUGCCAUGUCGCUGCUGGAGGACAACAGCCGCGGACGUGGCCUGGUAAAAUGGGGGUAUUUCGUGCCGCUGCAGAGAGGAAUGGAGCACCUGAAGAGACUGGUUGAACAAGAGAAGUUAAGAUGUGUUGUUGAUAGCGUUUAUGGAUUCGAUAAUGCAAUCGGCGCUUAUCAGAGGGUAAAGGAUGGUCACUUGAGGGGAAAGGUAGUCUUAGAUUUGUCAUAGUAUUACUAAUUUGUACAAUUGUUGGAAUAUACUCACUAUUCUGCAAAAUGCAUGUAACAGUUUUCUUCCCAAUUGAAUCUUCUGUUCGUGAUUGCGCGGCGCAAGCCAUUAGUGGGGAUUUAAUCAUGUAAUCACAGUGGAGGAAAAAACUUUUCGACAACCUUCUACUGACCUAUUACAUCCACGGUGCGACAGAAAAAUGAUGAUACUUCUGUACACAUUGCGGGAAAAUAAAACUGUAUAGAAAUGGGGUGAUGUCCUGG